CGGUGUCACCCUGCGAGGUGCUGCGGUGACAGAUCAUUCCUGAGACUCUUCCAUUGCACUGGUUGCUCUUCUGCUGUGAUGCUCUAACUCCAGAACACCUUGCUCCUAUUUUUGCACGGAGGCUGUAGCCACAACAGUUCUCUUAGCCCCAGGUGGGUGCCCACCUCUUGCUUGAGCAUCUCGGGUGAGGAAAGAUGCGACGCCGGCUGCAAACGCUUUUCCAAAGGAAAUUUAAAGUCAGUCUCCUCUUUCUCCUGUUCCUGGCCCUCCUGGUGCACCUGGUGAUGGAUUUGGCUCUCCCUGCAACCUGCAGGCACUGUGGCUGUGACACGAAAGCACUGAAAGCCUUGGGUGCCCGGUCAGGCAGCCCUAUGCUGGCCGGCCCCAAAAAGCUGAGCCUGCGAAUCCUUCAGGAUUUUAGUGGCAGCAACAGCUCCUUGGAGAAGAGCUCCCAGGCACAGGGAAGGGCUGGAGAGCUGGGGGGACAGCGCCAGCACGGAGCAGGGAAUGCAGGCCUGACUGAGAGAUCGAAGCUGGCGACACUCUUCAAGCAUCCUCUUUACAACAUCCCAAUCCCAGAGGUGACAGAGAAAGACAAGCUGUUUGUUGUCAACCCCAUGGAGAAGUUCAGCCUGCGCAGCAGCGGGAGUGACGAAUGGGUCAGCAGCAGUAAAGCCGAGACGCUCCUCCCGGCAGGGAAGACGGCCUACGACACCUACCCUACCUGGCUCAAAUUCCAUGUCGGCAUCAACCGCUAUGAACUGUAUCCCCGCCAGGACCCUCUGAUGCCCACCCUCCUCCGGGACUUGGCCACACAGAGGAUCGUCAGCUCGGUCCAGAAGUCUGGUGGGACCCAGCUCAAGCUCAUCAUGACGUUCCCAAAUUAUGGGCAGGCCCUCUUCAAGCCCAUGAAGCAAACCCGGGACCAGGAGACCCCCAUCGACUUCUUCUACUUCUCGGACUUUGAGCGGCACAAUGCAGAGAUUGCAGCCUUCCACCUGGACAGGAUCCUGGAUUUCCGGCGAAUCCCCCCAGUUUCUGGCCGUUUGGUCAAUAUAACAAAGGAAAUUCGUGACAUCACCACGGACAAGAAACUGGCCAAGACUUUUUUCAUCUCCCCAGUGGGCAACGUCUGCUUCUACGGAGAGUGCUCCUACUACUGCUCCACCGAGCACGCCCUCUGCGGCAAGCCGGACCGGCUGGAGGGCUCCAUGGCCGCCCUGCUGCCCGACAAGACCUUGGCCAAGCGCCGCUCCUGGCGCAGCCCCUGGCGCCGCUCCUACCACAAGAGCAAGAAGGCUGAGUGGGAGCUGAACCCCAACUACUGCGCUCAGGUGCGAGAGACACCACCCUAUGACAGGGGACAUCGCCUCCUCGACCUCAUCGACAUGACAGUCCUCGAUUUCCUUAUGGGCAACAUGGAUCGACACCACUACGAGACCUUCGAGAAGUUUGGGAACGACACUUUCCUGCUCCACCUGGACAACGGCCGUGGCUUUGGCACUCACUCACGUGAUGAACUGUCCAUCCUGGCCCCACUCCGGCAAUGCUGCAGCAUCAAGAAGUCAACCUACCUGCGGCUGCAGCUGCUGGCCACCCCACCCUACCGCCUGAGCGACCUGCUGCGGGAGGCACUGGCCACCGACCCCCUGGCCCCCGUCCUGGCUGAGCCCCACUUGUGGGCGCUGGACCGGCGCCUGGGGAAGGUGCUGGCGGCAGUGGGACACUGCCUGGCUGGGGCAGCCCACCCAGACAAGGUGCUGGUGGACGAUGUGGGGUCACGGGUGUGAUGGGGGGUUGGUACCCUGCUGGGUUGGGGUGUUUUGGUGAGGGUGAUACGGAGAGCGGCGUGCAUAGCAUUGGCUUUCGGCGGCGCA